UUCUUACUCUCCUCUCUCUCCUUCCUUCUUCCGCCUAUAGCCAUUAGCCCCUAUACUCAACUUCUCCUCUUCCUUCAUCUCCUCCCAAUGUCGAUUCUGUCCAACUUCUGUUUCUCCUCUUCUUUCUCAAUUCCGAUUCUGAAUCCACUUCUCCUUAAUUUCGAUUCCGUCCAACUUCUCCUCAUCUUCUUCCGUAUCCUCUUAAUUCCGAUUCUUUUGAGAUCCAGCUACUCCAGUCUCCAGAGGAAUCGCGGUUCUGAAGAAAGAAAAGAGUUCGUCUACUUCGUUCGAUCAUUCUUCCCUGUAGAUUUUCAAAAGGGAUUUAGUCGUGGUAUCUGCACUUGCGAAAAUCAUCAUUCCAACCCCCUGAAAUCCAUUGGCUCUUUAUCGCCUCCUCCGUCGUGCCUCAUGCCACGUCCUGGAGGCAGAGCUCCACGCUCCGUCACCUUGAUUACCGACGACGAAAUUGGCUCUAUCGUCACCGGCGGCGUUGAGCAAAUCAUGGAGGCGAAGCAUGCUCCUGUCUACUUCGAGCGCUACGAAGUCCACGCGAAAGCGCAGCUGCGAUUUUGAAAGCACUGACCUCGCGUAAUCUACAAACGUGAGGAACGGAUCUUCUUCCCAAUCUUCUCCAAUCCUAGCCAUGGUGUCCAAUACCUCACCACCGCCGCUCUCGAAUUCUGUCACCAUCGCAGCAACCUCGAUGCCUUGAUCUUUGCAGCUUCACCACAGCCACCAGAACCACCACCAACACUGGGGCAAAAUUGAGUUCGACUAAAUUGGAGAGACUUGAAUUUUCAACUCUGCUUUCUCCAAGAGAAACACGCCUAAGAUCCCACUUAAGUGGUAUGUAUCUCAGUAUCUUAGUUGUUCUUAUUUCAAUCUGAAUUGCCU